AGUUAAGUGCUGUGGAAGAGACCGCUCGUCAGUGUGCCUUAACGCGCAGACUCGCGAACACGCGUCUCCGAUUCCAAAUUUACCUUUUUACAUUGCGCGCAGGUACAAACAUUAUCAUAAUACAUAUACUUUUUUUAUUUCAUUUUACACCGAAUAACACCGCCGCUACUACCCCUCUCCUACCGAACAAGUGUUUGUAAUUAUUGUAAUUUAAAUCUUAAUCCGUCCGUAUUGUCUAUUUCUCCAAUUUUCGAUGCUGAUAAGUCGUCAAUUUUUAAAAAUAACUGUGUCAAAUUUAAAAUCAAUCAAGCAGUGACGUGAAUUUCAAUAGCAAUGUGAUAUGUUUUUAUUUAUUAGCAAAAUUUAAAAAUGUUUAUUACCCAUAACAAGUGAUUUAAAUAAUAAUAGUGUUUGUUAUCGAUGGGUCUGUUGGCCAGGUAUAAAUAAAAAGUAAAAGUAAAAAUAAUAAAAUAAGUUUUUGGUCGAAGAAUGAGAAAUAGAUGCAAGUUGUAACUAAGGAUAGAGAAGUUGUGAUCAAUAACCUGGGUACAUACACUGUACAUAUUUGUACGAUACUGCAUACGUCGCUAAAUGUAUGUAUUAUAUGUCUAUGUGUAUAUAUAUAAUAAAGAGUAGGAGGCGAAGGAGGUGAGGAAGAAACGGGCGAAGGGAAAUUGUGAGGAAGGAAGGCGCGUACGACUCCUGUAUAAUAUUUUAUCUCUCUCGCGAUUUGGUCUUUCGUAUCGGGCUUACCUGCACGACCUACAUACCACAAUAUAUAUGUUGUUGGUGUAGUAUAUUUUAUACUGUAUGUGUAUAUGUAGACAAGUUGAGUUGUUAUGCCGGUAAAAAGGACGAAGCCGAGUCUCACGGGGUAAACAAGGGAUGAGGCAGGAAUGAGAAAGCAGUAAAAUUUUUACAACUUGUUAUUGUACGACUACAGAUCUUCGAUUGAGAAUCCUGGACCAUGAGAGUCAAUGGAGAGUUCGGAGGGAUUUUUUUUUAUGACUGGAGAUUCAUAAGGACGAAGAUGUGUGUAGAGAGGAUAAUCGGUAAUAGAAACCGAUAGUUUAUUUAGGUGUGUUGGAUACUGAGGUGGCUGAUGAUUGCUGACAAUGAUCAGGGAUUCUGUUGUUUCAGGAAGUCUGGAUGUGAAAGUUAAGAUUGUGGAUUGAGUGAAGAUAAAUGGUAAGGACCGUCCCGGAAGAUAGUACUGAAAAGAAGUUACCGGUACACCAAGUUGAAUUAUUUUUAGCAAGUUACCUGGCUGUUAAGCUAAACCGGUUUUUGUAUAUUGUAUAUCCUGGAGAACGAGAAUAAAAAGAAAUAGAAGAAGAAGAAGAAGAGUCUGCGGAUAUCUUCGAGGGCUCAUGUGUUAGAUCCUCAAAAAGGAUAUUAGGAAUCGCUGGAGGACCCACAGACAGAACUCUUUUUGUUUUGAUCGUUAAAAUCGAAAGUCCGUAAAAAUUCCUACCAUAGUCUGAGUAGACAUAGAGAAGAAGGCGAGAGAGAAUGAUAAAUAAUUUUCGAUAAUCAGUAGCUUGAUUUUUCAAGUAAAAGAGGCUCUGUGAUAACGCAGGAAUUUAUGUGCGUCAGGUGGUUUAUGAAAUGUUUUUAUCGCUUGUACAACUGAGUAAAUAGGAAGUACACUCACUCAUAUGUUACUUUUGAUAGACAUUUUAAAUUUAUCUGUGCGUUAUUCGCCGUAAGCUAAAUUUUAUAAUGACAAUGGUAUUGUCCGAUAAGAAAUAUUGAAAAAUAUCCAAUAGAUAUACUGAAAUAUAAAGUAACAAUAUUGCCAGAUAGUUAUACUCUGAAGACAGUCGAUACAGGUCUUGGUAAUAGUAUUUAUUAUAUGGUGUAAUGGAAGAUUGCGGUGCCCGUUGGCGAGGUCGGUAAAGAGAAAGUUUUCUAUUUUGAUCUUUACUAGACAUCAGGCUGCCAACCACUGGUUUUUAAUGCAGCAAAUAAUCAACUGGUUUGUUAAAGGCCACUAUUAAUUAUUUACUAAUGAAUUAAUAAAUAUUUAAAUAAAAAUAAAUAGAGUAAAUAUUAUUGUAAGAUUGGAGUCUUGUAAAGAGAGAUAAAGACAGAAAUAAUUGAGGACAACGGUAUGAAGAAUGGCGGAUACGAGAAACCGUCAAGGUGUGCGCGGGAUCGCUGCCACUACGACCGAUCCCAGAAGAGGAAAACAUCGCGCGUUGGCAGCUCGUGGGGCCGCGGGUGCUCUGGUCCUGGGUAUUCUCGCGGUUGUCUUGCAAUCUGCGGCAACGGCAACUCCGACGUGGGGCUACUUCACCAGUCCUGACCCUGGAAUAUCUGCGGAAAAAGGAUACUUCGGACCUUGGAGACAAUGCAAACUGUUACUUUAUAACCGGGAAAGAUGCGGCACUGGCGUAUCCAGAUUUCAGCCAGUCAUGGUGGUCUGGGUCGCUGGAAUCGCAGCGGCAAUAGCAUCUGGACUCCUUGCAAUUUUAGUAUUACUGGCAGUACUCCAGCUAGCCAUGGCCUCUUCGGCGAAGCGAAUGGUAAUCUCAUACAGCACAGCCUUGAUCGGCAAAGUUGCACUUGGCACACUGGCCACUUGUUUGUCGAUAGUUGCUGCGAGUUUAUUUGCAAUGCAGACUGAUGACCGAGCCAAUAGUUAUAUUAUUACACGUGGAGAAGCUUUUUAUAUGCAGUUGGGCGCAAUAGUACUGAAUUUCGGCGUCCUUAUAUCCUCUAUUUACGAGGGUAUUUAUGCCAGGAGAGGAGGAGAUCCAACCAAGAUACGGGAUGUUAUUGAUGUACGUUCUACGACAAUAAAUAAUCCCGGGUACAGAGAAAAUUCCACCAAUGGAAUUUCAAUGACUGAUGCAAGUGGAAAACCUUAUGUCGGUGGUGCCAAUAAUGGAUCGAUGGUGUCAGUAACGACUUCCGGAAGUGUCGGAAGUGCAGCAUCACCACUACGUAGUUCACUAAAAAAGCCAAAACCUCUGGGGAUCCAGAACCCUGGUUUCUCAACCCACAGCCCGACUCUGUCAAGAAACGGCUCCCAGAAAAAAGUACGGAUACAAACACAUUCAACAGAAGUCUAGGGAUACAUAUAUACAUAUUUAAACUUCUAAUUCUAAUUAGAAAAGUAAUUUCAAACUUAUUUUAAUUAGCGCUUAAUUGUAAUUGAGAAUUGCAAUUAUAAGUAAUCAAAUGUGUUGUGAUAGAUAUGACUGCACGAUUUUUAAAAAACAUGUGCACUUUUAUGUUAUGCGAUUUAAAUUCUCCCAGCGUCGGAGGAUUUCUACGAGCGAGAAUGAGGAUAGAAAGGGAGCAUGAUAAAACUAAAUAUGAUAUUGUAAUUUAAGUUGAAUAUAUUAAUUUAUAUAUUCCGUCCAGCCCUUCGUCGGCAGCUAACCGUUAAACGGUAUAAAACAGAGAUAUUUAUAUACAUUUAUAUAUUUAUAUAAAUAUAUAUUUUUUAGUGAUUCUCUUAAUAUAUUAAAAUAUAUAAAUAUAAAUAGAGAUUAAUUAUUAUUGAAUUUUAAAUAUUUACCGCCACGUUGACAAACGUGUGUAGUGUUCAAUGCACAAGUCGUUCAUUUUUAAUUUUAUCAUUUAGUAGAAGCUUUCUAAGAUAUAUUUUAUAGCGGUCAUUAAGUCAUUACUGUAAAAUUUAUUGAUUAUCUAUUAUUUGUUUUUUGUUACAAAACUUUAUCAUUAAAGUUGCUCUGUCCGAUUAUUCACCAGUACUAUUUUUUUUUUAUUUCUAUUGGAAAUAGAGCAGGUCUCAUUUUUUUUAUUUUUGUAAAAACAAAACUCAAAUAUUUUGAAUUUGUUAUUAUUUUUUUUUGUUUAAUUAUAAAUGAGUCAUUAAAUUAAAAAGACUAAAUUAUUUAAGUAUUCGUUACUCGCAGACGCCAUUUUAUGUAAGUCGGCCAUCUUGUGCACGUCAGCUGCGCAAGUUUCUGCAACUAAAUUACGAAUUUUCGAGUACUUUAAAUUUUUUAAAAUGAAUGUUUGUAAUGAAAAUCUUCUUGGAGAAUUAGUGUGAGUACUCUGAGUCCUGUAAUUAAAUAAAAUGUCAAAAUUAUUUAAAAAUUAAAAUAUAAGGCAUCGAGUAACAGUGUUCGUACUGGAAAAAAAUAGUGAGCACUUACCUGUAAUGUGAUCAUAAAAUUCGUCCAUUAUAAUAAAUAAUAAUUAUAAAAAUAUGUAUAGAAUGUUUUAUUAUAAAUAAAUAUUUUAUUUGUUUCGCUUUAA